AUGGGAGGAGCCAGAUUGAGGAAGAGGGGAGGUAACGGGAGAGGAGGUGCGCGCUUCCCGGAAGUGGUGGGGCGGAGCCUCCCGCUGCCUCGCUUACGAUUUCCGAAUCUCCUCUUGAGCCGGCUGUUGGGGAGCAGGGGCUGGAUCCGCGGGAGGGAGGUCGGAGGUGGGAGCGAGAUGGUGGCCAACACCGCGGUGCCUGUGACCCCGCGUGCCGCCGCCGGCGCCUGCUACCCCGAGGUCAGACCAGAGCUCACGACCCUGAGUUCUUGUUCAUUCAGCAAUGACCCAAGCUUGUGGAAAGAAACCUUGCACAGUGAAGAUAUGCUCAACACAGAGGACUGUUUCAAUCUUUACAAAUCACAGAUAAAUUGUAAGAAGGAAGGAAUGGACAGCCAAUUAUUCAGUCCUUUGCUGGGUGAGCUUACUGAUAUACCACCUCUAGAAUCAUCUGGUUUAUAUCCCAACUGGUCAAUUUAUGGAGAUGAUAUUAGCCCACCAACCGCCUUUCAAGACUGUACCAAUAAAAGGGCACAAAUCAAUUUAUCUUACUCAGGAAAUGGUCCUGACAUGUUUGGAUUGGCUUCAAGCACGUUGGAGGAACCAAAUAGCCCAGAGCCUGUUACAGACUGGAAUUCUUUGGCCAGUCUUCUUCCUCCCACAUGGACACCUAAUUUUGCUAAUGAUGGUGACUAUUCAGGACCCCCUCUCAAGAAUUCUGUUGAAGAUUUUCCAGACUUCCUUGAAACACAGAAUUUCAAUCAAGGAUACUUUCAGACAUCACCUGAUAUAGAGAACUUGCAAAGUGGGUUUGAUGACCUUAGGUUGGUAGAGUCCUGGACAUCUCCUUCAGACCAUUCUAAUCAGCUACCUGAUUAUAUUUUCAAAAGUACUUAUCUGGAUAAUUCUGCUUUUAAAACCAAUCCUGUUAUUCAACCAGAAGGAUUUCCUUUGCAGAAUGCAGAAUUCAGUCAAAGUGAGACUAAUUAUGAAAAAAUGAAAUUAAAUAAUGAUUAUGAGAAGAACUGUGCUGAUCUUAACUCUUAUUUUCAAAGUAGAUAUAAAAAUAGUACUAGUAUUCAAAAAGAAUCCUGGAAACCUGAGAUAGCAAAUGAGAAGAUCAUGAAAAUGAAUAUCCAAGAACAAAUGAAGUAUUCCAAUGAUGUGGGCAGUCUGGCUGCUGAUCCAUAUGUAUUUCAUGAAAGCUCUUUACUUCCUAAAAGAAACGAAGGUGUGAUACCUUCUCAACCGAUACAGUUGUCUAUUCCACCUCCUCUGUGCUUUAUCAAUCAACCGUUUUCUAAAGAAAAUUUGUCAGCAGUAGUCAACGGGAAAUCCCAGGAAACCAGCCCAGCCAGUAACUUCAAAUUUAUGGACAACUUUGAAGAUAAUGGAUGCCAACUUCCCAUAAAUGCCAAAGAAAUUCCCUUGAAGCCCCUUGACUACAAUUUAUCUAUAAAUACUGCUUUACAGAAUGGAAACUGUCAGUCAUUCUUUAGGGAGCAUAUUUGGGUGGAUGGUAAUGUGUUAAGUCCAAUUCCUGCUGCAAACUCUGCAUUUGUAAAGCCAAUAACAUCAGGCUCCCAGGUCUCGUCUGGAGUUUCAGCCUUGUCUGGUGGUUCUCCUAUGCACCAGUCUGUGUUUUCUCCUUCAUAUUACCCACAGACACCACCAAUACCCUUUUUCAGGAAGGAAGGAAGGUUGCAAAUGUCAAAUGGUGUUCCUAAUGGUCUGAGGUUUCCCAAUUCUGUCACUGAAAAUCAGAAACCAAAUAUACAAAUGGGAUAUUUCCCCCAUGAUCCAUUGGCUAUCAAGGAUAAUCACUAUUGCAAAAUUCCUGCCCAUUUGUCAUCCAGCUUCCUAUUGCAUCAGAAUACUGCUAGAGAAUACUCUGACAGAUAUCAGAGAGUCUGCAAAAAACAGAGCCUAACAAAUAGUAAUAGAGAUGACAAAAAGGGGAGGAGGAACUUGAUUCCCCAACCAAGUUACAUAAAUCAGAACCGUCAGCAGUUUAAUAUAUUCCAAAAGAAACAAGAAAAGAGUAGUGUUAACAUGUCAGAUUUCAUCAAUCCUUCCUUUCUUCCUGCUUUCCCUUUAGUGUCAGAGAUUAAGCAAAAUCCUAAUUUUACCCCAUUUAACCUUUCUCCCUUUGUAUCAGCAGCUAACUUUCCUUUUCCUCCAUCAACAUUUCCCUUUUCAGAACUUGUUGAUGUUUUCCAUUAUGGUGACUUUAACAAUUUGAAUCCCGUUGUUAGUGAUUUGUUUCAUAGGGAGGUAACACCACCGUACUUUGCCUUUCCACCACCUUUUAACAAAUACCGGCCUCCAAGAAAUCGGAGUGGACCUGCUAAUGAACUUCACAUCCAACUGGAGGAAUGCUAUGAGCAGUGGAGAGCUCUAGAAAAAGAAAGGAAAAAGAGUGAGGCAGAUCUUGCAAGAAACUUUCCAGGAAAGAGGGUCUCUAGUUCAAAUAAUACUUCUGUUUCCAGACUCCCUGCCAAUCCUUCACGAGUCGAUCGAUUAAUUGUGGAUCAGUUAAAGGAACAAGCUAGAGUUUUGACCUUACUAAGAAGGAUGGAAAAGCUUGGUGGUGGCCCUCUCCAUGGAAAUAUAUCCAUUACUUUGGAACACCAUUUAGAAGCCAUUCAUGCUACACAAGCCAAGCGUAAAGAUGAACUUAUUAAUGCUGCUAAUCCCCCACGACAAGGAAUUCGUUAUAAUAAUGAAAAAGAUGUCCUGGCUCUGGCUCUGGUCAUUAAAGAGCUUGCUGUGGCCACACGGAAGACACGGACGGCUUUAUGGUGUGCGUUGCAGAUGACUUUGCCCAAAACUUGCUUCAACCUGCCUGUGAAACAGGAAGAGAUUGAAAGGGUGCUGCAGGAACUGUGUCCCCAGAAUGCUGGUGCCCCAGAGAAGACAAUGGUGGACCAUAAAGAUCAUGGAAUAGAAAAGGGAAGUGCAGAGAGCACAAAGUAGAUCCUUGAGUCAUUGCUGAAAUGUCCUCAGGGCAGAAGCACUUUUCCAAUUAUGAGUUUCCAAGUUCUCAAAAAAAUUUAAAAAUAACUGAUGACUGCAAUUGGGUUAACUGUGAUUACAGAAUGCAUAUUUCUAAAGAGUGAUGA